AUGGUAUUAUCAGAAUGGCAAGUGGACAAUAAAAUUGUUGCAUGUGUAACUGAUAAUGCUGCUAAUAUGGUAAAAGCUGUACAGCUUGCUAAAUGGUGGCACGUGCCAUGUUUUGCUCAUUCGUUAAAUUUAAUAGUACAGUCUAGCUUAAUUGAAAUUACCGACACUUUAAGCAAAGUAAAAUCGAUAGUAGAAUUCUUCAAAAGAAGUACUUCGGCGAUGGAGAAGUUGCAGAACGUCCAACAACGUAUGGGUGCGAGUGUUCUUAAACUUAAACAAGAUUGUCCAACUAGAUGGAAUUCCACUUCUGAUAUGCUGCGUAGAUUCAGCAAAAAUAAGGAAUCCUUGCAGAGCACCUUAGGUAUUUUAAACAAUCCUACUCUUCCUGUUUUGUCCCCAGAAGACUGGUAUAUUAUAGAAACCUGUAGUGAUAUCCUGAUCAUAUUUGAGGAAAUCACCGUUGAAAUUAGUGCUGAAAAAAAUGUAUCUCUUUCUAAAAUUGCAAUAUUAAGUAAAAAUCUAAUCAGUUAUUGUUCCCGCUUAAAAAGCGAGACAUUUGAAAAUGGUUUUGUGAUUAAUAUGGUGAACAAAUUAUAUGAUGAAGUUGGGAAGAGAUUUAAAUGGAAAUAUAGGAACAUAACCAUAAUAUGGGAGGCAACAUUUUUAGAUCCGAGAUUCAAACAGCAUGGAUUUCAUGAAGAUGACAUUUUUAAGCAAACUAAAGAAAACGUAAUAAAAAAGUGUAUGCAAAUAAGGGAGAGAGAGAAAGAUAAACUUCAAAAAAAUACUACUGAUGAAAGUAGAACAAUAUCGACUCCUACUUUGUCGACGUCUUCAAAAAAAUCUUCACGAUUUGGUGAUAUAUGGACUGAAUUUGAUUCGACUGUGGGAACCAUGAUAGAAAAGACCGAUAAUUCCAUGGCCGCAGCCAUUAUCGAAGUGGACAAAUAUCUACAAAUGCCAUUAAUUUCCCGCAAAGCCGAUCCACUUUUGUGGUGGAAAGAAAACAAGAAUUUAUUUCCUAGCCUUUCUGAUUUGAUGAAGAGAAGACUUUGUAUUCCAGCGACGUCAGUCCCAUGCGAGCGGAUAUUUUCGAAAUCAGGACAGAUUAUAACAGAAAGGCGGAACAGAUUAAGUGCCGAGAAAUCGUCAAAGAUUAUAUUCCUAAAUAGUUACUUUAACUCAUUCAUCAUGAAUAGCGAAAAAUAA